ACUCUUUCACAUAAGCAUCAUUCCCUCUUUAUUUAAUCUUUUUCGGUUAAACUAAAGAUAAUUUAAUCGAUGUUUGGACCAGAUUGAUGUUCAAACUUCAAAGAAGUCUCAUUAAAUUUCUCAUUAAUUCCACUUUCUCAUUGGUCAAUUCCUAUUAAACUCACAAACCAAAAAUUCCUUUUUAAGUUUUAUCACAUUCUACAGAUCUCAAGUUCUCAACACCCCCUCUCCCACAGACAAUUUUACAGCAAACCCCAGAUCAAAUUCAAAAUCUUGUCGAAUAAAUUUAAAGCUUCGAUUUUUAUUAUUAAAUUGGUACAAAGCUCGCUUUUUUAUCAUCUGGGGUGGCAUAAAAAGAGGUAAUUUGCAUUCUUGCAAAAUGGGUGUUUGCUGUUCAAAAUCUUGUCAAGUCAAAUUCAAGAUCUUCUAAUAAAGCUUCGAUUUUUAUUAUUAAUUUGGUAAAAGCUUGUUUUUUUUUUUAUUAUCUAAAAAGGGGUAACUUGCAUUCUUGCAAACAAAUCUUGCAAAAUGGGUGUUUGCAGCUCAAAACCCUCUUCAAAAUCGAACUUUUCCGGUCACCGGAGUACCGAUAUUCCGGUGAAAGAUAGUGGUGAAACAGAAGAAUCAGUUAAUAAAACUGAAGUGGGGAAAAAGUCACCGUUUUUCCCAUUUUACAGUCCCAGUCCAGCUCACUAUUUGUUUUCAAAGAAAUCAUCAUCUCCGGCGACACCCAGAAGGUUCUUUAAACGGCCGUUUCCGCCGCCUUCGCCAGCGAAACACAUUAAGGCGCUGGCGAGGCGCGGGUCGGUUAAACCGGCGAUACCGGAGGGUGAUGAGGGGGUGAGGGAUAGUGGGUUGGAUAAAAGUUUUGGGUUUUUGAAGCAUUUUGGGAGUAAGUAUGAAGUUGGUGAAGAGGUGGGACGAGGGCAUUUUGGGAAUACUUGUAAAGCUAAGGUUAAGAAAGGGGAGUUUAAGGGUCAAGAAGUUGCUGUGAAGAUUAUUCCAAAGUCAAAGAUGACAACUGCCAUAUCGAUUGAAGAUGUGAGACGGGAAGUAAAGAUUUUGAAAGCUUUGUCAGGACAUGAAAACUUGGUGAAAUUUUAUGAUGCAUAUGAAGACCAUGACAAUGUUUAUGUUGUAAUGGAGUUAUGUGAAGGAGGGGAGCUUUUGGAUAGAAUACUUUCAAGGGGCGGGAAAUAUACAGAAGACGAUGCUAAGGUUGUGUUGAUGCAAAUAUUAAAUGUCGUUGCAUUUUGUCAUCUUCAAGGUGUCGUGCAUCGUGACUUGAAACCAGAGAAUUUCUUAUUUACAUCCAAAGACGAAAACUCACAACUCAAAGCCAUAGAUUUCGGCUUGUCUGAUUUCGUAAAGCCAGACGAAAGGCUUAAUGACAUUGUUGGAAGUGCAUACUAUGUGGCACCUGAAGUUCUACAUAGAUCAUAUAGUACCGAGGCUGAUGUAUGGAGUAUUGGUGUUAUAGCAUAUAUUCUUUUAUGUGGGAGUAGGCCCUUUUGGGCCCGAACUGAAUCCGGAAUUUUUCGGGCUGUUUUAAAAGCCCAUCCGAGUUUUGAUGAAGUACCUUGGCCUACAUUAUCCUCUGAGGCCAAAGAUUUUGUGAAACGUUUAUUAAACAAAGAUCCUAGGAAAAGAAUGACGGCUGCUCAAGCGUUGAGUCAUCCGUGGAUUAGAAACACGAAUGAUGUGAAAGUGCCACUCGAUGUCUCGAUGUUGAGACACAUGAAGAAUUAUAUGCGUUCUUCUGCUCUUCGUAAAGCUGCUAUACGCGCUUUAGUAAAGACAUUGGGUACUGAUGAGUUAUUUUAUCUAAAGGAGCAAUUUUCGUUAUUAGAACCGAGCAAAACCGGAUCCAUAAGCAUGGAGAAUAUCAAAACGGCCUUGUUGAAGCAUGCUACAGACGCAAUGAAGGAGUCACGAGUCCAUGAUUUUCUAACAUCGCUUAAUGCACUGCAAUAUAGAAGAAUGGAGUUUGAUGAAUUCUGUGCAGCGGCAUUAAGUGUGCAUCAGCUUGAGGCUCUUGAUAGAUGGGAAGAGACUGCACGUAGCGCCUAUGAAAUAUUUGACAAGGAUGGGAAUAGGGCCAUCAUGAUUGAUGAACUCGCUUCGGAACUUGGUCUUGGACCAUCGGUUCCUGUUCAUUCCGUAUUGCAUGAUUGGAUCAGGCACACCGAUGGAAAGCUCAGUUUUCUUGGGUUUGUUAAGUUGUUGCAUGGUGUGUCUACUCGGACCCUUGCCAAAACUCGUUAACACACACACAAGGCAUCUCAAAUAGCCGUGGAAUGAAUGACGAUCAUGUUGUAGGAGAAGCUCCAAAAAUGUGUGUUUCUUCCCGUUGUAAAUCUGUAAAAUUUAGUUUCUGCUUGGAUUUGAAGGUGAGAGUAGUAGUAGUAUAUUUGGUUGAUUUAUACCUGAUUUACUUAGCUAGAACAUGUAAUCAAUUGGCAGUGUAUCAUCAGUUAUUUCAUGUUCUAACCCAACCAUUCAAAUCGAGUAUGUAACAACUUAUAUGGGCGUGUGUGUGUGUGUGUUUUGUUA